CGACAUUUUCAACUUAAACGAGCUGCAAAACCUCGAGAACAAGGUUCACUUUCAAAGUUCCACUCCGUAUCCCCAAGCACUGUGUCUCAUUUCGGUCCCGACGGACGACAUCGGCUGCGUAUUUGUUGGAUCUACUUUCUUGUGGCGGAUGGCUGUGCUGCGCCUUUCUCUGGCUCUCUCCGCCAUCUUGAAUUUUAAUGUUAAUUUCUAAAAAAAAAAAAAAAAAAAAAAAAAAAAAAAGAAAUGUGUUUCCUGUGAUAUUUUCGUUUAAGGGUGUCGUGCCAAAUUUGGAUUAGUUUGAAGGAGUUUUAAUUCGUGAUUGUUUUUACACAAUCAGUCCUGUUUCAAACUCUAGACCCCAGUCUUCCCCACUCAAGAGUGUUUCUUCAUCUCGGAGACUAAAUGCAACUGGACCAGGGGGCUUGUGGGCAUGAAGUGGCUGGGCGAAUCCAAGAACAUGGUAUUAAAUGGCAGACGACACGGAAACAAGUUGACCAGCGAGCAACCUGUGAGCCAGACUCGCUCUCAGCACUCACAGCGGACAUCCCUGCGCCACAACAAGAACAGAAGCCGGCGAUGUAGCCGCAGGUUUAAUGCAGCCAGUCUGGAGGCAGAGAGGCGCUAUGUGCCCUCCUCUGGAAUGACUGCCAAGGAGUUGUGUGAGAACGAUGACCUGACCACCAGCCUCAUCCUGGAUCCAUACCUGGGCUUUCAGACUCACAAGAUGAACACCAGAUUUCGACCAAUUAAGGGAAGACAGGAGGAGCUGAAGGAGGUCAUCGAGCGCUUCAAGAAACACGACAACUUGGAGAAAGCUUUCAGAGCUUUGACCACUGGAGACUGGUCCCGAAAUCUUUUUCUCCACAAGACAAAAGCUCAAGAAAAGCUCUUCAAGCAACAUGUAUUUGUGUAUCUGCGGAUGUUUGCCACAGACAGCGGGUUUGAGAUUCUCCCUUGUAAUCGCUAUUCAUCGGAGCAAAAUGGAGCUAAAAUUGUGGCAACAAAGGAAUGGAAAAGAAAUGACAAGAUCGAGUAUCUGGUGGGGUGCAUCGCUGAGCUUUCAGAGAGCGAGGAAAACAUGCUGCUCCGUCACGGGGAGAAUGACUUCAGCGUCAUGUACUCAACCCGCAAGAACUGUGCGCAGCUCUGGCUGGGACCAGCUGCGUUUAUCAAUCACGAUUGUCGACCAAACUGCAAGUUUGUGUCGACAGGACGGGACACAGCCUGUGUGAAGGUUCUGAGGGACAUUGAACCUGGAGAGGAAAUCUCAUGUUACUACGGAGACGGGUUUUUUGGGGAAAACAAUGAAUUUUGUGAAUGCUAUACAUGUGAACGACGGGGCACUGGUGCUUUCAAAUCCAAAGCUGGACUGCCAGUGGAAGUGCCGGUGAUCAACAGCAAGUACGGGUUGCGGGAGACGGACAAGCGGCUCAACAGGCUGAAGAAGCUGGGGGAAGGAAACCGGAGCUCAGACAGUCACUCUGUAGGCUCCCACACCGACGUUGACUCUCAGGAAAUGCCAAAAACACAUCAAUCUGCCAGAAAAAGAACAUCAUCAUCAUCUGGCCUGAAGUAUAAAAACAGGACUCAAUCCAGACAGACUUUGUCCAGAGCCCUUACUACCUCAUGUUCAAAACAAGGUCGUGUUAACAAUAACAGGGUACCAAAGAGACUAAAAUCCCAAUCCAAGCCUUCACUAAGUAAAGUCCAGUUGCGGAGUCGCAGGCGGGGUGCGGAGCCCAAGGCGUUGGCCAAAGGAGAGACUUGCCAGCUGGGUCUCAGGGACUCAAAGGUGUCGCUGUGUAAAGGUGUCACCGUGAAGAAGGAGAAGGAUGGACAGGAACUGGUGCAGCAGACAUUAGGCCAGCGGGGCUGCCUCACCCGCAACGCUGUCAAAGAAAAUGGCAAUCUGCAUGUGCAAGGCAGCGAGGGCAGCCAGUGUUCGACGUACAGAACUCGCAGGUCCACACGGACCCUUGUAAAAGCCCAGGAAACGGCAGCUGGCUUUAAGCUGGAGCCCAGUGCUAUGGAUGGCUUGAGCCCAGUCCCUGGUGGAGUGGUCAUUAAAACAGAGCCAGCUGACAUGGAGGAGUACCUCCGCCACGGAGUGGGACUGGAGCCUCCGGCGUUGGACACUGGCUACGCCAGAAGAGGCUCAUGCACCAGGCGGAAACGGUUGACACGGCUCAGGACUGAGCGGACAAUUAAACGUGAGGACUCGUACGGUGAGCCGUUCAUGCCGGUGGCUGCUGGCCACGCCGCUAACUUCUCAGACUGUGGUAAUGUGCUGCUGAGCUUCGCCGACAGGCACAGGGACUACAACGGGGUUUCCAACGGUGGCAAAUCCCUCCGCAGGGACAAGGGUAAGAGUGGCUGCCGAUCACAGGACAAGGGGAAGAAGAAGCGUCAGAUCACACGAUACGACGCUCAGCUGAUCCUGGAGAACAACACGGGCAUCCCCAAACUGACGCUCCGCCGGCGGAGGGACAGCAGCAGUAGCAAGACCAAUGACGCCAACGACCCCAUUGGCUCCUCCAACCUUUCUGCCUCGACGGUCAACUCGGCCUCUUCCAGCAAAAUCAGCAUUAAGUUCAGCAAGGACCAUGACAAGGACAAAGGCAGCUCGUACAUAGCCAAACUGAAUAACGGCUUUGCCCCCGUGGUCCACGGUAACGCCACCAAGCUGAAGAUCCAGCUGAAGAGGGAGGACGAUGCACGGAGAAUAUCCCAGACAAAGGCGGACCAGAUGUCCUAUAACGGGGACAUGGGCCAGAGUCUGGAGGCCAGGAACGGUGGACAUCGGACCCAGAAGGUCCUGGCGGAGCCGUCGUCUGACGAGGAUGACGAUGACGAGGAAGAGGAGGAUGACGACGACUACUUCGACAAUGAGUUUGAAGAUGAUUUCAUUCCACUUCCUCCAGCAAAGCGCCUCCGACUCAUCGUGGGCAAAGACUCCAUAGACAUCGAUAUCUCCUCCAGGAGGAGAGAGGAUCAGUCUCUGAGGCUCAAUGCAUAAGCUGUGGAGCUCAUCACUCCCACCUUCCCCCUGUAAAUAACGAUGACUCGCUAAUCAACUGUUGUGUUGAUGUAAAAGAAGUACAGUAAUUUAAAAACAAAAAAAAUUGCUGAAAAAUUAAGAACCUGAAUGAACGUUACUAGAAGGUGCUGUUGACCUAAAACAAAUCUCUGUUAUUCACUUGUGUUCAUCAUGUUAAUUUGAGUUCUUAUAAAAGCAAAUUAUAUUAAUUAAGCUGAAGUUUACUCACCCAGCUCAUUUAAUCUGCAUAUGAUGCUAAAUGUAACCUGCAGGAACCUGCGGAGACGCCCUGCUUCGUCGUGUUGUUUCUGAAUAAUCUGGCCCGAAGUGAAAAACGAGAAUUUGUUUUAAGUUCAACUCUUCCUUUAAGUGAAUGCACUUGUUAUAUUCAUAAUGGACAUGGAUAUUGUAGAAAGUGUACAGUAUGGUGACUAUCCCCUCUGUCUCAUAGGCAGGUUUUUAUUGAACUUUUGAUUUCUGUCUCAUAGUUUGUAAUUUUCGUGUGAUGAUGAACCACCACGCUGAGAGAACAGUAUGGUGUGGUUGGUCCAGAGGCAUUAUAAGAUCAGUCAGUCAGUUCAUUUGGAUUCAGGUGCCAUGUUGUCAUUAUCCCAGCAGUUCUCCUGGUGAAGAACCACAUGACUGUCCCUCCAGGAUUUCCUGCGCUGUUUUUGUCACUGUUGCGGCCCGAAAUGUCUGAUAUCACAGCAGCUUCUCUGAAAGAUUGCUAUGUUUAGUCAUUUUUCACAUUCAAAUUGCAAAAUACUCGUGACACCGUCUCUAAUUUGGAGCAUUUUGUUAUGAACAUUCAGCGACUGCGGUUACAUGGACAUGAAUAACCUGUUAAUUAGGCUCAUUCUGGGUAUGAUCAUAUUUGGGAUAUGGUGUUUAUGUGAACACAGAGAAGUCGAGUCAUUUAUAUUCCUCGUAUGUAUCCUGGUUUCUUUCAGCAGUACUCCAGCGAGCAUAUUCAGGUUUCUCAUCAACAGAAUGGUGUUUACGUGUUCAUAAGAAUAAACGGGAUACUUGAAAACAGUGUUUCCAACACAAUUUCAAUCUAGGUGUGGCAGUAGCUGACUGGGUGUCUGUCCCUACUGUUCCAACUACUCUGUCAGAGUACGCUCUGCCCUGCGAGAAUGUGGAGCAAUGAAUAACCACAUAGUUUAUAUAUUCCAACAGUGCAACUAAUGAACGGUUCAGCUCCAAAAUUAGAAAAUCAAAACGUGGCAGCAGAUGUUUUAAUCACGGCAGGCUACCACAAAUAAAUGAAUGUGUGGGGAGACCCUGGGAAAACUUGAUCAUAAGCAGGUCAUUCAUGUCCAUGUUAACGCACUCGACGAUCAACUGUUGCUGCCAUUCGACGCAGCGCUUAAGGACCGCCCCCAUGAGAUGCUCUCCUCCUGCUUUCUUUGCCCGUUAGCAUGAGUCAACAGAUCACAACAUGAUCUCAUCCCUACUCGCCAUAUUUUGCUGCUUGGGCAGAAGCUUCACAGCAGCAGUUAGCAUCAGACACCCCAAACUGAAUAAAGAGAACUAGGCACAGCGAAGGCCCCCUGCUGUGAAUAUACUGCAAAGACUUCAGUUGACGGCCGAGUAGCACGAAUGUUCUGCGCCUGCGUGAGACGAAAUAACACACACCAGUGGACAGCAGUCGUCUGUAUUCGUCAUUCAAAAAGGGAAACGGGAAGACCGUCUUAACACCAGUUAUCCAGUCAGCACAUUAACAACACAACCAGAGCAUAUUUACAGUCUGAGGUGAACAAUAACACAAACCAUUAGCUCAGAUAAUGAUAAAGGAAAAUAAUUUGACCAAUUUUUUUUUCAUCUCAUUUCCUCUUGAGUUUAGGUCUUUGUUUACUUUCCCCACGUCAGUUUCUGUUCUGUUAACUAAUGGUGAUCAUGAUAAUCAUGCUGAUGGCAGCCCAACAUUGACCAACAGCUAAGCACCGGCUUGGUUUGUCAGGGCCUUCAAUUUCAUACCGGCAAGGUAACGUUUGCUGUGUGAUGCUAACAGUUAGCCCUGUCACUGUGUGGGGGUCACGCUGAAUUUACGGGAAUUGGAUGAAUUUAUGUAAAUUCUUGCGAUCACAAAAUCCUGGAGGGACUGACUUGAAUUUCAGUAAUUCAUAAAUGAUCCAACAUUAAUUACUGUGUGAGUUAAUCAUGUUUCUCUCCAUAGAGAUCAAUCAUGAUUGUGUUAAACAUUGUUUUUCUCCACAGAGAGAGUCGUACACAAUAAUCUCACGACAGAGAAAAUCUGGUUUGUUUCAGGAACAUUAUAUAUGUGCACCUACAGUGUGUGUUCAGUUUGCCUGCAGUCGUCUCACAGUCACGACAUGAACGAUAUAAUGGAGUUGCACAAUGUUUAUUUUUCCAGUGAAUCGACUCCAGGGCGCUGUAAAUAAAUCAAUUAAGCUGCAGAAGUCCAGAAAAUUAAAGCACACAAGGUUUUAUAAUCAGAGAAUAAAUGGACGAGUGUUUGUGUUGGGAGCUGCGGUAUAAUGGGAACAUGGCACACGUGGUAGUUCAAAACCUAAAUCAAACCAAAUCCAUACGUAAAGGCUACCUAUAUGCUUUUAAAAUCUGAAAAGUAAUGUACAGAAAGACUGGCUCACGUCCCUCAGCUUAACUGUUAUUCAAGUCCAGUCUCACUUUAUAUUUACCUUGUCAGAUUUUUGGAAGAUCGACACUCGAGUUUGGGGAGGAAAAAAAUCACAUUGUCUGAAAUGUUGUUAACUAGUGUAGAAUCAUGUAUUCUUUUCUCUAUGGUGCUACUUUUAUUUCCUCACCUCUGUUUGAGUUUCUGUCCUGUGUAACUCGUGAUCUGUAGAUGGUGGCAGCAUUAACCUCAACAGGCCCAAAAUUCUGUAGAAUUACUCAUUUUAUCAGUUGUGUUUGUAGCCUAUUUAAGUUGUUUUUAUUUUCUUUGCAGGAGCUCAUGUUUCAGCUUUUAGUUUGCAAAAAGAAAAAGGUAGUAAAAACUGUCUAUCCAACAGCAUUAGGUGCCUUAAAGAGCUUUUGGACACAUUUAGACCAAAUUUGUAACUAAUCAAUGAAGAGUGAAGAGUGACAAUGCUAAGCCAUCUGCUCCCCCCUUGAAAUAUUGAAACACUUCAAGUCCACCGUCAGUCCUUCUGUAUAUUAUUUAAUUUUUGUUGUGUGGAAGUAAACGAACUGUCCAAUAGAUCAAGGGAUCAACUGAGAUCGAAUGUUAACCCACCUCUCCUUGUGUUAAUAUGUACUGUUCAUAUCACCAGCAGCUAAUUCACCUGUUCUGAACCUGGCUCAGUCUUCGUUGGACGUCUCCAUCCUACACUGUAAACUGUUCCAGGUGUACCGUCUGUGUGGUCUUUGUCCAAUAGACAGCUGUCAAGAUUUCCAAUUGAUUCAAAAAGUUUAAAAAAAAAGAAGAAAAAAAAAGAAAAAACAAAUGUGAAUAGUUUGCGGACAUUUUAGCGUGUUGCGUGGGUAGUGGGAAACGUAAAGAGAAUUAAAAAUGGACAGUUCAUAUAUUGUCCGAUAUGUAAAUCAUGUGAACACAUCUUGUACUUAUUUAACAGUUUUGAAUACUUGAAAACUAUAUAAAGUUUCUUUGUGACUCUUG